CCUCGCACCCCUGGGAGCGGUGGAGGGAAGAGUGAAACAAUUCCCCCCUCCCUCCUGAGGCGUCCCGGUGCUGCGGCAGGCUGGCCCGCAGAUUCAGAGAAUAAAAAUGGGAACUCCUGGAUCAGGACGGAAGAGAACUCCAGUGAAAGACAGGUUUUCUGCAGAAGAUGAAGCUCUAAGCAGCAUUGCCAGAGAGGCAGAAGCCAGACUUGCAGCAAAACGGGCAGCUCGAGCAGAAGCAAGAGAUAUACGUAUGAGAGAGCUGGAGCGACAGCAAAAAGAGUUUUCUCAGCAUUCAUAUGAUAGAAAAUGGGCUCAUAUCCAGAAAUGGAUGGAAGAUGCAGAGAGGGCCAGAUACUCUCACCAGUCCAGUCGACAUUCACGUUUGAGUUCCUCAGAUAUCAGUGCAUCUCACAGGAGGAAAGCAAGUACCUCCAAAAGGAGAGAUCUUUUGAGUGGAAUUUACUAUGAUCAAAGAAAUUAUAGCAGCCUUGGAUAUAGUAAACCAGUUCCUUCCUACCAUGUUCGGUCAUCUUCCCUAUACAGUGAUCCAGCAGCACCAACUAGGAAUUACAGGCCAUCUGAAUACAGUUACUCUUCGAGAGCAAGCUCAGUCCGAAGUAGUCCUGUGUCCUCUGAUUUUUCUGAUCAAAGUGAAACUACUGCUGACUAUUUUAGUCGUUCCAACCGCAGGGGAAGCGUUGUUUCCGAUGCAGAUGAUGGCCAAGUUUUGAAUAGUCUGGAAGAAAAGAGUGAAAAAUCACAUUCAGAAAUAUUUUCAAGGCCCUCAUCUCGCAAUUCAGUAAGCACAACUCCUCUGAGUGGCAGCUCAUCUAGGAGAGGAAGUGGAGAUGCAAGCAGUUUGGUGGAUCCUGAUGCCUCCCUCAGUGAAUUACGGGAUUCACUAGCUGAAGUUGAAGAGAAGUACAAGAAAGCUAUGGUUUCCAAUGCUCAACUAGACAAUGAGAAAAACAACUUGAUUUACCAAGUGGAUACUUUAAAGGAUGUUAUUGAGGAGAAAGAAGAACAGAUAGCAGAGUUCUAUAGGGAGAAUGAAGAGAAGUCAAAGGAAUUGGAAAGACAGAAACACACCUGCAGUGUUCUGCAGCAUAAGCUGGAUGAACUUAAAGAGGGCCUUCGACAGAGAGAUGAAUUGAUAGAGGCGAAUCAACGUAUGCAGGAGAAUAUAGACUCCAUAACCAAAGAAGUGUUUGAUCUCCAGGAGACAAUUAAUUGGAAAGAUAAAAAAAUAGGGAAACAUGGAUUAGUUAUAAUUCCGGAUGGCACACCAAAUGGUGAUGUAAACCAUGAAUCAGUGGUUGGUACAAUAACAGUCGUAUCACAAGAAGCUGCUCAGGUCUUGGAAUCUGCUGGAGAAGGACCACUAGAUAUCAGGCUACGAAAACUGGCUGGAGAAAAGGAAGAAUUACUGUCCCAGGUUAGAAAACUGAAGAUGCAGUUGGAAGAAGAACGACAGAAAUAUUCUAAAAGUGAUGGCAUGAAUCCAGAUAUAAUAGGCUUGGAGAAUGGCUCUGACUUGCAGCUAAUUGAAAUGCAAAGAGAUGCCAACAGACAAAUUAGUGAAUAUAAAUUUAAGCUUUCAAAAGCUGAACAAGAUAUAACUACUUUGGAACAAAAUAUUGGACGACUUGAGGGACAGGUUGCAAGGUAUAAAAAUGCAGCAGAAAAUGCAGAAAAAGUAGAAGAUGAACUCAAAGCUGAAAAAAGGAAGCUUCAGCGAGAGUUAAGAACAGCACUGGAUAAGAUAGAAGAGAUGGAAAUGACCAAUAGCCAUUUAAUGAAAAGGCUGGAGAAGAUGAAGGCAAAUAGGACUGCGCUUUUAUCUCAACAGUGAAAUGGAAAUUGAAAUUACAAUGCACUGCUCCUUGAAUAACUAGUCCCUAGCUUGUUUAUACAUACAGACUUUCAGUGGCACAAACUAUUUGAACACUGAGCUGUUCACUGGUGGUUUAGUUUCAUAAUUAAAUGACAUACUUUUUGUAAUUUAUGAGAGAAUGAAAUGUAGUUUGAAUUCCUAUGUGAAUGACAGCAAUUUUUCAGUAGUGUUUGAUUCUAGAGUCAAAGAUGGAGCACAAUGCUGUAUGUUUUUACAACUGUGGAAUCAAGUUUACUCACGAUCUCUUUUGGCUGCUUUAAUGAUGCUUGAUGCUCAGAGACAGCUGCAUGAAUUCAAGACACUGUAUUAUGAAACUAACAUAUACUUGCUUAAGACAUCACACAGCACAAGUGCCUUUUAUCUGGUGCAAUUUAGUCUUCAUUGUUGAAAUAACCUUUGAAACCAGAAAACAUUUUAUUUUAAGAUACAUUUGGGGUAUUCCCUAAACUUUAUACAUUUUGAAAAUACAUUUUUUAAAAUAUUUAAAUUUAUAAGAAAAAAUAGGGACUGUAUAUAAAGAUCUGCUUCUUUUGCAUGGGCACAUCUGACUUCUAUGUAAUUUUGUCAAUACUAGCCCCUGAUACUCUUAGCAUCAAGAGUGCAGAUUUAAAAACCGAAGUUGUACACCAUCCAAUUGUGUCAUCUGCUUAAGUGCAAAUUGAAAUUUUAUUGAGGGAGGAACGGGGUGAGAAAUGUGGCUAAGGACACAUUUAUUAAAUGGA